AUGAACAAGCACGAUGCUGAGAUUUUCUUUGAUAUUGGCAUGGAAAGCUCAACUGAGUCUGAAAGCGAUGUUUCCGAUAUGUUUGAUGACGGAGCACAGCUGUGCGAUUCAAUGCGAAGGAAUGACUUUGCAGAGCUCCAGGAUGAGCUGAAGAGAGUUGAUGAGCUGAAAAAAGAGCACUGA